UUUGACUUAUGACAUAACAUAAUCGUAACAUAUCUUUAUAUAGUUUAAGUUUGUAUUUGUAAUUAAUUUAUAUCAAAACCUCAAUGUGGCUUUCGUAGUUCGUAUAUAUUGCAAUGAUAUUUUAACUUCAUUUAAAAUUUCCAUACAUUGUGUAGUAAUAUAUUAAAAUGUCUCGUCGACAUACAACACCGACUAAAUCGAGAGUAAAAUUUUGCAAUAAAUCUGUUUUUCACCUUCAAGAUAAAAAGGCAGAUGAAAGUGAGCUGUCUAUUGGUUUGAUUAAAUCGGCUAAACGUACAGGACAGUUGAGUUUAUGUAAUAGAGGACUUGGAACAGUACCAGAUAAUGUCUGGAAAAUUAAUGAAUUGGUUUUGGAUGACACCAAAGAGGUAGACUUCACACGAAGCGAUCUAAACAAUUGGUGGAAUGCAGAGCCCCUAAAGAUGCUUGAUCUCAGCUCUAAUGUUAUUAAAAAACUAUCUCCAGACAUAAAAUUGUUGCAGGAACUUGUUACAUUGAAGCUUCAUGACAAUGCAUUGACUGAGCUUCCGGCUGAAUUUGGUGAACUUAGCAACUUAUCAAACUUGAGUUUAGAUCAUAAUAAACUGGAAGUGUUGCCAAUAGAGUUCUAUAAACUAUGUGAGCUGAGAUGGCUAAGCAUUUCCCAUAAUAUGCUCCAGAAAAUUGAGCCAGACUUUGGAGAUUUAGUAAUGUUAACAUUUUUGGACUUAUCACAUAACAAAUUGACAGUAUUACCGCCUGGAAUGGGAUAUUUAGUGCGCUUGAUGGAACUCAACUUAUGUCAUAACCAACUGUUAGAGCUACCUCCUGAUAUAGUUAAUCUCAGAGAUUUGAAAAAGCUGAAUGUUAACAAUAAUAAUUUGAAGAAAUUACCUCCAUUGGGUGAAUUGAGGAAAAUGGAAAUAUUCGAUGCUAACCAUAAUGACCUUGAAGAGCUUCCAGAUUUUUAUGGAUGUACAGCUUUAAAAGAAAUAUAUUUAGCUAAUAAUUUUAUAAAGGAAAUUACUGAAGAAUUCUGUGAUCAAAUGCAACAUUUAAAUGUGUUAAAUGUAAGAGACAAUAAAUUGGAAGUAUUACCUGAAAAUAUAUCACUUCUGAAAAAGCUUAAAAGAUUUGAUCUUUCAAAUAAUAACUUAAACAAGUUACCGAGAAACCUAGGUCUGCUCUCCCAGCUUCAGAGCAUAAGUAUGGAGGGUAACAAGCUGUCAUGCGUGCGACAGGAUAUCAUCAAAGGGGGCACUGAUAGGAUGAUGAAAUAUCUACGGGACCGAAUGACAGACGAAGUUGUAAAGGAAACCAGGGUCAAUGAAGCUAACUGGCCCGACAAAUACACUAUGAAAAAAAGUCAAGCUUUAAUGUUGCCUUCAAAAGAUCUGACAGCAAUACCAGAAGACGUUUUUAUCGCAGCAGCCGAUGCUGAAAUUCACAUAGUUGAUAUAUCUAGGAACAGAUUCACAACCGUGCCCUUUGGGGUUCACCAUGUACGAGAAACACUGACUCAGUUAAUAUUAUCGUCAAACAGCAUCGAGAGCGUUCCAACCGAAAUAAGCGCUUGUAAACAUUUGCAAUACCUGGAUUUGGGUAAAAACUGCCUAAUCGACUUACCCAUCGAAAUAGGGCUCUUGAAGAAUUUAAGGGAACUAGUCAUAUCUAACAAUAAGUUCACGAAGAUCCCGAGAUGCGUGUACAACCUGGACAACCUGGAGAUCCUCCUGGCGGCCGACAACCGCAUCGAGGAGAUCAACGUGUCGUCGGACGCGCUGGCGCGCCUGCCGCGCCUCGCCGCGCUCGACCUGCGCAACAACGACAUCCGCGCCGUGCCGCCCGAGCUCGGCACCUUCACACACCUGCGAUCGCUGGAGCUGAUGGGCAAUUGUUUCCGUCAGCCUCGACACGCAAUACUCGCUAAAGGUACAGCCUCCAUUCUCUCGUAUCUCAGGGACCGAAUACCUACUUAGUGACUACGUUGUAACAAAAGGCUGACCGAUUUGUUUGUUACUAGCGCCACGUAAUAUAAUGCCAGUGUGUAAGACGACACUCAUACUUCUAAACGAAUAUUAUAAAUGCGAAAAAUGCUUUUUUUCUGAAAAUCAGCUUGGAUUGAAUCCAUACCUGAUUAAGUUCAUGUGUCUUAAAGUUAGGAGAUUUGCCGAAAAAAAAUAUCACAGACAGAUUCGCCUCGAACACCUAAAUUGGGUUUCUGUCACACUGUUAAUGUUUUGAAAUUUGCUGUGAGCUCUUGCAGUGCUAACUGUGUAUAUUAAUAUAAUAUGAUCAAACAAAAUACAAGAUUUGGGCAUUAAA